UUUAUGUAGGUUAAAAUGAGUUGAAGGGGAAAAGAAUCUCUUGACUGCCCUCUUAAGUUCAUGAGACAUUAGCUUGGGCAUAGUCAUGAGGUAUGAGUAACCAGGGCCAAGGAUUCAGAGUUGGUGCUCCCAACGCAGAGAACAUAGCUAGAAGAAGAUUGCAGCUGCAGGAAUGGCAGGGGAGCGACACAAACAAGUUGAACCUAGCAACUCAAAACAAGAAGAACCUCAUUCAAUUCAAACGGAAGUUUAUGUUCCUUGACUCGGUGAUACAGCAAGAUGCGGUCGAGGUACAAAGACUUCUUGCACUGGGAGUGGAUGUGAAUUACACAAACACUGAUGGCAUCUCCGCACUUCAUCAGGUGUGUAUUGACGGAAACGCGGAGAUAGCAGAGAUAUUGUUGCUCAACAGCCCCAACAUCAACGCGCCUGAUAACGAUGGCUGGACGCCGCUGCACGCCGCCGCUCAAUGUGGCUACACUGACCUCGCCAGGUUAUUAUUAGAAGCGGGGGCUGAUAUUGCAUGUGUGGAUAAUGAAGGACACCUGCCUAUCGACAAAGCUGAAGAGGAUGACAUGAGACAAUUGCUUGCCACAUGGAUGCGAAAAAAAGCAAUUGAUAUCGACCAAGUGCGAACUGCAGAGGAAAGGGCUCUCCGUGACGCGUCAGAUAGGGUUAUCAAUAGUAGGAUAAAAGAACUGGAGAUUGUGACUGUUGAUGGUGCGACGAUACUUCACUGUGCUGCAGCUAAGGGUAUCCCCGAUGUUAUAACUGUGCUAGCUCGAGCUGGAAUUAGUAUGGAUAUACAAGACAACGACGGUUGGACGGCGCUACACGCUGCUGCUAGAUGGGCUCAACCUGAGGCAAUAGAAGCUCUCAUCGAUAACGGGGCCGACAUCCACAUCGUCAAUACCUUCGCCGAGACGCCACUGGACAUAGCUGACGAGGACGUGCUGGACAUGCUGAAAGAAUAUUACGACAGGAUUCCCGCGCGCUCUAAACCCAUGGUUCCCGGAGUAGAGAAGUUUAUCCGGCCACAGCUACCGGACAGAUCGGAAGUGCAGCCCAUCGUUAAGGGAAGCAGGAGGGCCAGGGAAAAUAACAAAGAGAAUCGACCUGAGAAACUGUCCCGACUGAGGAACCCCUCAAGAAGAAAGAGGAACCGGUCAAUGAUGUGGCAAAACCAAGGAAUAGACUAGUAGAGCCCGCAGCCGCAGUGGAAAGCAAGCCAGGUCCAGCCAUCCCAGCUUGGCAGCAACGUAAACCUGACAAGGAACCUGUCAAUGACGUUACCCCAGUCAGAAAGCGCGCUCCUGCUACUGACGUUACUAUCACCGUUCCAUCAUCCAAAAAGCUGGAAGUAGAAAUUCCUACUAAACGACCGUCAAUCCCCACGAUCAACACAGACGACAGUACCUCUGAUAAGCCUGAGGUAGUAAGGAAAGCUGUGUCUCGUAGGAAGCGCGAAGAGAGACGUCCCACUCAAGCGGUUACUGCGGAUGAUAUUCCCGCACCACCUCCAAAAGAGGUGGAAAAGAAGGCAGAAAAGAAGGCAGAAAAGAAGGCGGAAGAGGCACCGCCAAAACAACUUGUGCCCCCCACGUUGGUUGUGCCGACCCUGCCUAACGGCCCUACAGCACCAGUUGGGGACGACAAAAAACCACGACAUGUUCCAGUCACGGUUUCAAUAUCAGACUCCGGCGCAGUGGUUUGGGACAGCACUAAGAAGAGUCCUGAAAAUGAGAGUCCAUCGCCCGUGAGCAACGACAACGCAUCCGACAAACCAGAAAUAGUGCGGAAAAAAGUGGCACGUAGGAAGCGAGACGAGCGUCGCUCGACGCAACACGUCAGCAAGGAUGACUUGCCUGCAGCACCUGAGAAACAACAACCUGAACAGCAGCCUGCUCCUGAGACUAGUGCUACUGGCAACAAGGAAAAGGAGGACCACUUAGCAAAGGAAUUAGAAUUGGAAAGGAAGAGAUACAAUGAAAGUGCUGAGGCGCUCACUAGAAACCAGGAAGACUUGAGGAAACGGGAAGUGAAGAUUACUUCUCUUGAAAAGGAAAACGAGACGAUGAAGAAGAAAAUAGCGGACCUCGAGGAGGAUUUAAGACGCCUGCAGCAAGUUAACAGCGAUAACCAGCGCCUGAGAGACGAGAACGCCGCUCUAAUACGCGUGAUAGGGAAGCUGUCCCGCAACCCUUUAUGAGGUGUUAGUUGCCAAGGCUAUCUUGUGAGGUGUUAGUUGCCAUGGUUACACUUGUCUUAGAUACGAGGUUGUGAAAUGAGCCGCAAAUCUGCUGAACUCAGAUAUCGUCAGCAUGUGUUGUUGAGCGUUGUUACCAUGGUUACGUUGUAGAUGUAAUUAAUCAUUACUUAUCAUGUAAUUAAUUAUGUAAAUGACUGAUAACGAUCAUACAUAUAGUUAAUUAUUUGCAGCGCUGACGUCCCCGCCAUUAUCAACGAGAAAGUUGUCAGCUAAAACUUAAAUAUAUUUAUUACUGGCAAACUACUGCUCCUUCAUAAAUAUAUUUAUUAUUUAUCGUUUAAAACCAAGCACUUUAUGUAAUUACUUCUUAUAGUUAGUUGCUGUACUGGGCAUGUGUUACCAUGGUUACCAACUAAGAAUAUGACAAUAGAAAAUAGUGGGGGUUGUACGGUCGCAUUUAACCUCUUCGACAUGGACUAGCUGUUUUUCAAAUUGUAUAAUAUAUUAUUAAUGAAUUUAAGAGAAUUUAUGUGUUUCCUAAAGGAUAGUAUAUAAUGAUACAACUUGAAUGAUGUUAAUUUAUGGUCAGUUUCAAGCUGUGUAGGUGAAAGAAGGAAUUGUAAAAAUAUCGAGGCAAAGCCGAGCCGUGAGGGGUAUCUGAAAAUGAGGGGUAUCUGAAAAUGAGGGGUAUCUGAAAAGUGUUGAUUGAAAGUGAUCAUGAAAAUAAGUAAGUUACUCACGUGAGUUCUACACGAUUAAAGUUACACUUACAAAAUACCAGAUUAAAAAAAGGAGCACAUCCUGAGAGAGGGUAGUUUUGUACAAAAGUGCUGAAAAUGGGGUCUAAGAUGGCCAAGAGUGCUGAUGUGUUAUGUGAACCAGCCGUUGAUAUUUGAAAAUGUAUAGCUGGUCAUUUCGUAAUUGCCUUUACAAAUCGGAGAUUGUGUAAGUCUGUAUGACGACCUAUCAGAGAUCGAAUAGAUAGUUAGUUUGCUCAAUCCUACCUCAGAGCAUUGCUGGUUACCUUGAUAGUCCCUAAAAAUGUUAGCGUUAAGAAUUGUCUGUAAGUACACUAAAGUAACUUAGUGGCUGAUAGUUUAGUGGCCAGUAGUGGGAGGAAUAGCUAGGAGUGUUAACAAUUGGAGUGUAGGUAAACAUUAAUUCUUCCCUUUAAAAUUUAAAUCUCUGUUGGUCGGUUACGUGAAGGUUGUUGUGGGGUUUUGAACUCGUGCUCUGUGUACCAUGAUUGUUUCCAUGGUUACCACCGUGGCUACUCUGUUUUUGUAGAAAUAGUAGCUACUUUCUUGUUUCCGGUACGCGCUUUUAGUGGGUUUUACAUCUUUAUAUAUGAAGUUUAUUGCUAUCGAGAAAUCUUUAAACAAUAACGUUAAGGUGAGCCGCUUAUUUUCGAGUCACCUUUUUAAAUAUAACUACACAUAUUUUAAUCAUGACCGUACUAAACAUGUCCCUCAAGAUCUAUGCCAUCGUUACCAGUGCACACUGUACAGUUGCUAUGGUAACCAGUGCACACUGUACAGUUGCUAUGGUAACCAGUGCACACUGUACAGUUGCUAUGGUUACCACUGCAUACUUCAUGGUUGCUAUGGUUACCAGUGCAUACUUCAUGGUUGCUAUGGCUAUUAUCGCACGCGCACUUGACAUGGUAUUGGUAACAACUUUGCAAACCUUAAAGUUGCUACGGCUAACAUAGCACACGGUACAGUUGCCAUGGCUCCUCGCGCACUUUGCAGUUGCCAUGGUAACCACUUUGAAAACUCAACAUUUGUCACCGUUACCACUGUGCACACUGCAUUGCAUAUUGGGGACAUGUUUAGCACCUUUUCCAUGGUUACCAUGGUUACGUUGAUGAACUUUUUGAUAUUUUUAUGUUCAAAUGCACCUUAUAAGAGUUCUGCAACUCAAAAAAGGCUCUUAGAAAGAUAGAAUUAGGUGGUGUGUUACGGUCUAUAGUGUACCGUAGCCAUAUUGCUGUCAAUUUUUACGCUAUUUAUAAUUAUACUGAUUUGGCGAGUUGGAGUACUAUUCUUCAAAAGAAUUUCAUUUUGGAGGAUGUUAAGUAUUUUACUUUGAGUUUUAUUUGGUUAAUAACGGAAGUUCCCUUACUUUAAGUUUAACGUACAUUAAUAACCAUAUGGAUGUGAAUAUGAAAAUGAAAUAAUUACUUAUUAUUUGGUGAUGAAUCAUUUUGUAAGUUAUAUUUUUGAUAAGAAACAA